AUGUCUUUCCAAGAUGUCUUGAAACGUGGAGAUGAGUUCCUAGAGGAAUAUCCGAGAACCAAUCCACUUUGGAACUAUGCAUCGCAUGCCACGUGUUUAUUCAUGAUCACCGGAUCCAAAAUUAUUCUCAACACUUUGUACAAACCGUUCGUUCACAAUAUAGAGAAAUUAGAUAAUGCAUUAGCGAAAGCAAGGUUGGAGAAUAGGGGCCUUCUUACAGUUAUGAACCACAUGUCUGUAGUUGAUGACCCUGCUUUCUAUGCAGCACUACCCUGGAGAUACCAUUUAGAUAUAGAUACCAUUAGAUGGGGUUUUGGCGCUCACAAUAUUUGUUUCAGUAAUGUAUUUCAAAGUUGGUUUUUUAACUUGGGAAAGAUAUUGGGUACAAAAAGAUUUGGAGAAGGUCCUUUCCAAGGCUCAUUGGAUGCUGCAAUUAGAAUAUUGAGUCCAGAUGAUACAUUAGAUCUCGAAUAUGCGCCUGGUAUUAAAGAAGAAUCUAAGCCAAUUGUUUUGCAAACAGUUAAUAAUGUCUACGACAAAUCAAAUACAGACUUGGUAAAAUUCAUCAAGCCAACGCCAGACUCGACAAAUGUCCUUAUGUCAAAAAGCCCAUUCAUACGAACAAAGACUUCAUGGUUUCACGUAUUUCCCGAAGGUUUUGUAUUGCAAUUACAGGAGCCACAUAACAAUUCAAUGAGGUAUUUCAAAUGGGGUGUAAGUAGACUCAUUCUUGAAUCGACCAGAGCUCCAGUUGUUGUGCCAAUUUUCACGUAUGGAUUUGAGAAAGUUGCUCCAGAGGACACUGCAGAAGAAGGUAUAAAAAGGUGGCUACCAGCCAACGUAGGAGCUGAAAUACAUUUGACAAUAGGAGAUGCAAUCUCUGAUCAAAAAAUUGAGCAAUACAGACAAGAGUGGAGAAAAUUAGUGGCCAAAUAUAUUGACAAAUCGAAUCCAACAGAUUUGUCAGAGGAGUUGAAGAAUGGCGAUAAAGCGCAAGAUUUACGAAGCUCGCUAGCAGCAUACCUACGCGAUAAUGUCUUACAAAUUAGAGAUACAAUUCCGUUACUCAAGCCCGAAGACCCUAGGUUUAAGGACCCAAAAUUUUGGAAAAUAUACACCAAUACUGAGGGCAUGAGUAAUGAGGAUGUUAAAUUUGUUGGCAAAAACUGGGCCAUCAGAAGAUUCCAAUCUCAUUUACCCGAGUAUGAAGAUGAUAGUAAAUAG